AUGAAUCGGAAUGUAAGAGCAGCAACAGAAUGGCUUCAUUUAGACGUGAUCCUCAAUGGGACGGCAGCAACCUUUGACAUCUCCACAGGAUUUGAAGGUGCAGAACCAUGUUCACUAGAUGCCACACUACACUACUCAUGGGAUUUUGCCCAGUGUGUACACUACCCUCAUCACGCCAUGCAAGUGGGACCAAUCUACUUUGCGACACCAAGAAAGUGCCAUGUGUUUGGGAUGUGCGCUGAAGGAACAGGAAUACAGAGAUUCUAUAUGAUUGACGAGUCAGAAAUGCCUGGGAAAGGUGGCGAUUGUGUCACAAGUUUGGUGCACCACUAUUUUUCUCACUUUGGCGCUGGAGAAAAACAUGCAGAGAUUCACUUUGACAAUGCUGUUGGGAAGAAUAAAAACAACACCAUUCUGGGCUAUUGCAUGUGGAGAGUGUUGACAGGUCUGCAUGAGUCUGUUUCCUUGAGUAUGAUGCUACCGGGACAUACCAAAUUCACGCCAGAUUGGCACUUUGGUGUGUGGAAAAUAAAAUUGCGCCAAUCAGAUGCUGAAUGUAUGGAGAACAUUGCUUACACAGUUAAAGCAUCUUCUAGGUCCGGGCAUAACAUUCCGCAACGCGUAAAUGAUCCAUCUUGACCGGUGGUGUUUUUGAACUGGAAGACAUUCUUCGAAAACUAUUUCAAACUUUAAAAAAACAUCACAAAAUACUACCACUUUCGUUGCACUGCUGAUGAGCCAGGGGUUCUCAUUUGUCGAGAGUUCUGUGACUUGGAGGAAGUUAGAUUUAAUCUUCUAAAGGCAAGACCCGAGGCAGGCUGCUUUCCAACAGUUAAGGUUAUCCCCCCUCUAGAUCAUCUGAGGCAGUGGUAUCUUUACGAGAAAAUUGCACCGUUCUUUAUCAAUGAAGUUGCCAGAGACAUUGUGUGUCCCAAACCAUCUAUUCCAAAGUAAAAAAUGUGAGAGCUUGUUAUCCUAUUAACAAUUGUUCAUUUUCUCAAAUUGUUGUUCUUGCAUGAUACUUAUGUGAGCUGUUUUUUUCUGAUUAUUAUUCAUGACUAGGACAUUUACAUGGUAUUGUUAUUUGUAUGACAUUUAGCUGAAUAUCUUAUUAAUAGUGUGUUUCUUUUAUUGAAAGUGACAUAGCAAUCAAUAAUCAAAAAUAGUUUAUGGGCAUAUAUAAGCUGAACUUAGAUUUAUAAUUAAUUAACAACUCACUCAUAGUGAUCUCACUAUAAAAUAUUCUGUACAGUAUGAUUAUUACAUUGUAUAAUAUGACUGGUAUGUGU